CUCAUCCGGGAGUCCGCUGCACUCAGGGAUAUUGGGAUCUUUGGGGCUGGAUGCUGUAGCUCCGGGUCGGCCUCUUUUGAGUGUUUGUGUGAGUGUGUGUGAGUGAGGUCCUCGCGUGCCUGCUUGGCGUGCAACCAUGGGCCCCUCCGUGCACAUGAGGAUUACCUUCCUCCUGGCCGCCAUCUCCCUAACUCAGGUGAUUACCGUCUCCUGCCAAGAAACAACCAAGAACGACACGUGCGCUGACAAUGGACAAGUGUACGCCAACAAAGAAAUGUGGAGCCCUGAGCCUUGCCGGAUCUGCGUGUGCGAGUCGGGCAGCGUCACGUGCGAGACCGUCACUUGCGACGACCUCGGCGACUGCGCCCAGACGGUGACCCCGGAGGGCGAGUGUUGCCCGGUGUGCGUCACCCCCGGCGCCGCCGCUCCUUCCGCAGCUCCCGUGGAGAAGGAGGGCUUGAGCUGCGUAGUGGAUGGCGAGACCUAUGCUCACAACGACAUCUGGAAGCCGGCACUGUGCGCCGUGUGCGUGUGCGACAACGGCGUGAGCGUCUGCAGCGACGUGCAGUGCGAGAUGGUGCCCGACUGCCUUAAGAUGGUGACCCCCGAGGGCGAGUGCUGCCCAGUGUGUGAAAACCUGGCCAGCGCCACCAGGCACAUCGCAAUCAUGGGUUAUAGGGGACAAAAGGGUGAACCAGGUGAUAUUCCACAACUGGUAGGAAUCCCUGGACCUCAAGGACCCUCCGGUCCUCCAGGUGCUCAGGGGAGAACUGGACAUAGAGGAUUUAAAGGCAGACGGGGAUUCCAAGGGCCCCCAGGUUUUGAUGGAGAACCUGGCAUCCCAGGAAACCCAGGCGUGUCUGGUCCCCCUGGUUUUCCUUCCCUUCCUGGGGGAAACUUUGUGUCACAAAUGGCUUCAGGAUUUAACGAGAAAUCAGCAGGCCUGACCGGAAUGGUGUCGGGAUCAAGGGGUGAAGCAGGAUCACGAGGACCUCCCGGUGCGACUGGACCAGCAGGUCCAGCCGGUGGCCAGGGACUCCCAGGCGAGGCUGGAGACCCAGGACAUCUGGGUGAACCGGGUCUUCGAGGGCCAGAAGGGUUGCCAGGAAAAAGUGGUCCUGAUGGGGAGACCGGACCCCCUGGUGCUCCUGGAGAGAUGGGAUUCCCAGGAUCACUGGGUGCACGAGGGUUACCUGGUUCUCCAGGUAUUCCAGGUCAAAAAGGUCACAAGGGUGAGACGGGCAUUUUCGGGCCUAGAGGUGAUCCCGGUGUUGUCGGUAUCAAGGGCACUUCUGGUACUCCCGGUGCCAUGGGUGCGACUGGUCCAGUGGGCCCACCAGGUUUGAUGGGAGAGAGAGGCAGAGCAGGCCCACCCGGUGCUGUGGGAAAACGCGGUGCCGCAGGACAUACAGGCAAACCAGGUCCCCUGGGUCCGAUUGGAAUCCCCGGUGUGCCAGGAUUCCCAGGUGGCCCAGGACAGAAGGGUGAAAUAGGACCUAUUGGCAUGAGAGGAAGUCCAGGUCAGCAGGGACCCCGAGGAGAUGCGGGUCACGUCGGACCACCAGGGCCCACCGGUCAACAGGGUUCCGUAGGGUCCGAUGGAGCGCCAGGAUCCAGAGGGGCAACAGGCCUAGCGGGUCCCAUGGGUGCAUCAGGGAUCGUAGGCCCGGUCGGGCCCCCUGGACCUCAGGGAACCACAGGAGCUCAGGGACCAAAAGGCCAAGAUGGUGACGGCGGCGUGGCUGGAAUUAAAGGAGAAGCUGGACUGAAAGGCGAAAGAGGUGACCAUGGUUCUCCGGGUCUGAUCGGCCCCAUGGGAGAUGAGGGAAAGCGCGGACUUCGAGGUGAUGCGGGGUCUGUCGGUGACCCAGGACCUCAUGGCGAGACUGGCAUCCCUGGAAAUCGUGGGUUCCAUGGCACAGAUGGUUUUCCGGGUGCAAAAGGAGCUCUGGGCGAAAGAGGGCUGCCUGGCACUCCAGGCACCAAAGGUCCACCCGGAGAUCUGGGACGACCUGGAGAGCCCGGUUUAACUGGUGCUCGGGGCCUGUCUGGAAUUAUGGGCGCCGAAGGAGAAGAAGGCAAACCGGGCCCACAGGGCUCAGCUGGAGAUGAUGGCAAACCGGGCCCACCUGGUUCUACGGGAGGUCGAGGUUUAGCUGGAAUUAUGGGCUCGUCAGGACCAAAAGGCCUCACUGGCGACCCUGGGAAGAACGGCGAAGCGGGCAGUACCGGCUCACCUGGUCAAAGAGGAGUGAACGGAAAAGACGGAGAGGAGGGUCCUGCCGGUCCAACUGGCCCAGCGGGUACUGCGGGCAAGCGAGGCGAGCAGGGAUCACAGGGACCUAAUGGCUUUCAGGGUUUGCCCGGAGUGCCAGGCCCACCCGGUGAAUCUGGUAAACCAGGAUCUGAGGGACUUGCCGGAGAGGAAGGUUCUGAUGGAACUUCAGGGUUGAGGGGAGAACGAGGCGCUCCUGGUGCUAGAGGUGAAACCGGACCUAAAGGACUACAGGGACCUAAGGGUAGUCCAGGUAGUCCAGGCCCAGAUGGAUUCAAGGGAAAAGCCGGCGUAAAGGGAGCUACCGGUGAAACGGGAAGUCCAGGACUUCAGGGGAUGCCAGGGGAAAGAGGCAUCCCAGGAUCCUCCGGCCCAAAGGGGGAUGUGGGCUCCGUGGGUGAGAUGGGACUCGAAGGCAAAGCCGGAGCUGAUGGAAUUCGAGGUGGAUCAGGUCCAGUUGGACCUCCAGGUGCAGUCGGAGCCAACGGUGCCAAGGGAGAACCAGGCGCCUCAGGACGCAACGGACGGCGAGGGACAGCAGGAGUGCCAGGUUCUGGUGGUGAGCCCGGUGCAACUGGUGCUGCAGGUUUCCCCGGAGCAGCUGGCGCUGAAGGUCAGCCUGGAGUGAAAGGUGAGACCGGAGAACCGGGCCUUAAGGGAGAGGCAGGACCACAUGGACCACCAGGAAUGGCUGGCAUACCGGGAGUACAGGGCGCGGUCGGUCUGACCGGACUCAAAGGUGGCAGAGGAACGCAGGGCUCAGCGGGUUCAGCUGGUUUCCCUGGCUUACCCGGAGGUGUUGGUCCACCUGGUUCUCUUGGUGCUGUUGGAGCAGAUGGACCCAUUGGUCCAACUGGAAAGCAAGGCCCCUCUGGUAUUCGUGGUGAAAAUGGGCCCUCUGGACUUCAAGGCGAGAUUGGCGCUCCGGGCCCGGCAGGCACAUCUGGAGACAAGGGUGAUUCUGGAGAGGAUGGUUCUCCGGGUCCUCUUGGACCUCUAGGACCUCCCGGUGCUGCAGGACAGCGAGGCGUAGUUGGUCAUCCUGGAGCGAGAGGAGAGGGAGCUAUGCCAGGCCUGCCCGGUUCUGCGGGUCUGCCUGGGAAACCAGGAGCUGCUGGAGUACCAGGUGGAAAAGGUCCUCCUGGUGGAGUUGGGCCAAGGGGAGCCACCGGGCCGAGAGGAGAUCCGGGCCCUGAGGGCGUGACUGGUGAAGAGGGACCACCCGGGAGCGACGGACUCUUAGGGGCAAGGGGCGAUCGAGGUAAUGCUGGUCCCGAGGGUUUGGCUGCAGGCCCAGGUUCUCCAGGAAAUGAGGGUCCCGUGGGAGCUACGGGUAGUCCUGGACCCAGAGGUGAAAAUGGUGGCAAAGGUUCUCCUGGACCCCAUGGAGCACCUGGAGUACGAGGCAAAGCGGGCCCCCAAGGACCACAGGGAGAGAAAGGACCAGAUGGUGAAAAAGGAGAAAAGGGUCAGAAAGGUCACAUAGGUUUUACUGGUCUCCAGGGUUUGCCAGGAAUUGCUGGUGCUACAGGCGACGCCGGUCCUCGAGGUAUUGUUGGACCAGCUGGACCAAGGGGUCAUCCUGGCGUCUUGGGUCCACCUGGGAAGGAAGGGAACAUCGGCCAGUCAGGAGCAAUGGGUGCUCCUGGAAGCAGAGGAAACAGCGGUGACAUCGGAGUUCAGGGCCCUAUCGGAGAACCGGGACCACCUGGACCUCCAGGCCCUCCUGGUCCUCCAACAGCAGCUGUGGAUGAGUACUAUGCAGCUCCCAUGGAUUUGGAUGAGCGUGGCGUGCCCGACGCCAUAGAGUUCUUCAAGGAUGACGUGGCGGCUGACCCUCCUCCACUUCCCGAAUUUAAUAAAGAUGAGGCUCUUCCUGAUAACAGUCCCAUCAUCGCUCAUGGCGCUCUGAAGACCCUCAGCAGGCGUUUGCAAGACAUUCGCAGUCCAGAUGGAACAAAAGAGAACCCCGCAAAGACAUGUCAGGACAUCAAGCAAUGCUACCCACAGAAAUCAAGCGGAGAGUACUGGAUUGACCCCAACCAAGGAAGCACAAAAGAUGCCAUCAAGGUCUUCUGCAACAUGGACAACGGUGAAACCUGCAUCAAUGCCAACCCAGCCAAUAUUUCCCGCAAAUCCUGGUGGAGAAAAUCCACUCCCAGCGCCAACAAACCCGUUUGGUUCGGAGCCGAGAUGUACAGCGGAACCCCAUUCCGCUACGGCAACGACGACGAGGAGCCAAACACGGUGGCCGUUCAAAUGAAGCUCCUGCAGCGUCUCUCCAAAGAAUCCCACCAGAGCUUCACCUACCACUGCAAGAACAGCUUGGCUUACAAAGACGGCAAAGGGACCGUGAAGAAAGCCCUGAUCCUUAAAGGGGCCAACGGUCAGGAGUUGAGGGCGCAGGGCACCAACCGCCUGCGAUACACCGUCAUCGAAGACGGCUGCGCGAAGUCCAACGGCGACUGGGCUAAGACAGUGUUGGAAUACAGGACUCAAACCCCAAUCAGGCUGCCCAUUGCCGACGUAGCGCCCAUGGACAUCGGAAAGGCCAAUCAAGAGUUCGGCCUCGACAUUGGACCUGUGUGCUUCUCAUAGACCGAGAAAUCGUCGCGUGUGAAUUUGAGAAAAUGACUCCACUUCCUGUGAGCGCUGUGGAUGAAAGUUACAUCAUUGCCGUGGCUGGAAAAAGACGUGCGGCUGGUAGAAGGCCACCAUUAUUUAUUCAUCUUCUUCUCUGUGAAACCCUCGUAUAGUCUUUUGAGUCAACAAACGCCGAAACGCAGAGAGGAGAAGCCAUACUUGGCAUUUAGAUUAAAAAAUAAAUAAAUACAGACUAAGAUAUUUUCAAUACAGAUGUUUACAUGCUCUCAAUCUGGAUAAGCUAAAAUAUUUGAUCCUGAUUUUACGUUCUGUUCAGAUAAAUAUUUAGUCAAACAAAAUGCUUUGAAAUGUCACCUGUAAAUGCUACACGCUUGACUGUAAAUUUAAAUUUAUUUGUUUGAUUGUUGACAAUUGAUUUAGAAUAAAUGUCUUUUUCCGGGGCGGCUGAGCUCAUUGCACACAAUAAAGCACGAGAAUAAAAUUAA